AUGGAUGAUAUCGAGGAACGGCUGCGCAGCCAUGCGCAGGCAUUUGACGGUCUGCUGUCUUUGAUCCCCGCCAAAUACUAUUAUGGUGAAGAAGAUACAAGUGAUCAAUGGCAACGCAAAAAGCAAACCAAAGAACAAGCACGUGAGGCGAAGCGGGCAAAGUUGAACCCCGAAGCCGCUAAGACCGCCAAAGACGUGAUGGAUGAAAACGCACGCAAGCGAAAGCGGGAGGACGGCACCCUCGAGUCCGACUCGUCUGACGGAGAGAUGGGCACGGAGACCCCCAAGGAAGGACUGAACCGUGGAACCGCCAACAUGAAGAAGCAAAAGCAGGUUGAAAAGACUGAUAAGCCAGACGCCGAAAAGGCAGCAGAGGCUGAGGCACGGAAAAAGCAAAAGGAAGAGAAGAAGGCCCAGAAGAAGGCCGCCCAAAUGGAGAAAAAGAAGGCUAAGGAUGCUGCCCGGAAGGAGAAAUCACAGCAGAGCAAGAAGCCGUCGACUACCCCAACCGAGGGUUCGGAAAAAUCUGCAACCAAGCCUAACAGCAAUGCAGCCAAGGACACUGAAGCAUCCGAGGAUGAAGAGGAUGACGACCAAGAAGAUGACGGUGUUGUCGAGGAAGGGUUCUCCAUUGAGUUCAACGUUGAACAGGAAAACCCUUCUUCUGCUCCUUCUACCACCGACUCUCCUGAUGCCUCAAAUCCCCAAUCUGGCACCUCCUCCAUUUCCUCUAUCAUCCCUCCCUCCACCUCCACCGAAGCCAAAUCCUCAGAGCCCAAACCUCUCAAGCACACACCCGAAGAGCUGAAGCAGCGUCUACAGAAGCGUCUGGAUGAGCUCCGGGCUAAGCGCCACGCAGAUGGGCUCAACGGCAAGCCUGCACGCAACCGCCAAGAGCUGAUCGAAGCCCGCCGACAAAAGGCUGAGCAAAGAAAGGCACACAAGAAGGAAUUGCGUGAAAAGGCCAAGGUUGAGGAAGAGAAGAAGAAUGACGAGGCCAUGGCCCGCCGCUUCUCGCCUGGUGGCUCUGGAUCCCUCCUGGCAUCCCCCCGCUCCCCUGCCGAGUCUGUCGGCUCCACCAGCAACAACUUCUCCUUCGGCCGUGUGAUGUUCACAGAUGGCCAGCAGACAGAUCUCACCGGAACCAACGUGCGCGAAAAGCCGAAGACCCAUGGCGCCCGUGACCCAGCUUCCCAGCUCAAGGCCGUCGAGGCUAAGAAAGCCCGCCUCGAAGCGAUGGACCCUGCUAAGCGUGCCGAUGUGGAGGACAAAGACCUCUGGUUGAACGCCAAGAAGCGUGCUCACGGUGAGCGUGUCCGCGACGAUACCUCCCUGCUGAAGAAGGCCCUCAAGCGCAAGGAGACGGCGAAGAAGAAGUCCGCGCGUGAGUGGAGGGACCGCAUCGACACCGUCGCCAGCUCCAAGGAACAGCGCCAGAACAAGCGCGAUGAGAACCUUCGCAAGCGCCGGGACGAGAAGGGCACCAAGGGUGGCAAGAAGAAGUCCAGCAGUGGAAAGAAGAAGGCUGCUCGUCCUGGAUUCGAGGGCAGCUUCAAGGGUGGUGGCAAGAAGAAAUAA